AUGAGCGUCGGCAGAAAGCUUACAAGCGUUUUACUGAAGCAAUCCGUAAAUGUGCAAUGCCAGCGAUGGUUUAGUGCUGCAGUUAGGCUUGACGAUGAUGAAGUAUAUAAACGUUCUAAGACAGCCAAAACCUUUUUGUACCGUGAUCUGCAAAUUAUACGAGCAAAACCGGAACAACUUCAACAGAAACCAAAACCUAGCGAACCACUGAAAUUUGGACAGAUAUUUAGUGAUUACAUGGCUGAGGUUGAUUGGACUGCCAGCAAUGGUUGGAGUAAACCAGUGAUCUGUCCGAUACACGAUUUUAAGCUACAUCCAGCUGCUAAAGUACUUCAUUAUGCAGUUGAAGCUUUUGAAGGAAUGAAAGCUUAUAGAGGUGUCGAUGGUAAAGUUAGGCUGUUUCGUCCAGACAAAAAUAUGGAACGUUUAAAACGCAGUAUUGCACGAGCAACAUUACCGACUUUUUCAUUCACUGAGCUCUUGGAGAUAAUCAAAGAGUUGGUUUGUUUGGACAAAGAAUGGAUCCCAAGUGGCACCGGUCAUGCUCUGUAUAUCCGUCCAGCCGUCAUCGGCACAGAUAAACAAUUAGGUGUAUCGAUAUCACAUGAAGCUAAACUUUUUGUUAUAACUGGUCCCACUGGACCGUAUUUUAAUUCUAAGGUAACCCUGUAUGCUGAUCCGAGUUUUGCUCGCUCUAACUAUGGACCAUCAAUAAUGAUAAGCACAGAAGCCCAAACAAAAGGAUGUCAGCAAGUUUUAUGGCUUUAUGGCCCUGAUGAACUGAUUACUGAGGUCGGCGCAACAAACAUCUUUUUUAUGUGGAAGAAUAAUCAUGGAGAAGAUGAAUUAGUUACUCCACCACUAAGCGAAGGUCUUAUUCUUCCCGGCGUCACCAGAGAAAGUAUUUUACAUCUCGCACGUGAAUGGAAAGAUGACAUUAAAGUUACUGAAAAAUAUGUUGGGAUGCGCGAAUUCCGUGAAGCCGUUAAAAACAAACGAGUUUAUGAAAUGUUUUGUUCUGGAACAGCUUGUGUAGUAACGCCCGUGGAAAAAAUUUUGUACAACAAUAAACAAACAGGUACUAUUGAGGAGCUGAUACUUCCAAGUAAUGUCAAAAACAGCGUUAUGGAAAGGUUGUAUAAGCAAAUUACCGAUAUUCAGCACGGAAAAGUAGAUCGACCUGAGUGGACUCAAAUCGUAUGCUAG